UUAAGAUACUGUAGCAGUCAAUACUUCAGACUUCAUUUAGCAAAAUAUUAUCCUCUCUGCCUGGAAGCCUAUAGUGUGGAAAGAUCAAUAUCUUUUCUACUUCCAUACUUGUACUACUAAAAAGUGUUGUUCAAUAGUUAAUACUUAAGUUAGCUGUUAGUAAAUUAAUAAUGAAUAAUAGUUAAUUUUCAGUAAUUAACUAUGCUUGUUAAGUAGUGUGAUACAGGUGAAUUAAUAAAGAGAUGAAGUAGAGAAAUUAAAUAGAAGGUCCAGAUAUUCUCAAGUAUAUAGGGAUAUGUAAAUAUAAUAGAGAUGGCAUUUCACAUCAAUUGAGAAAAUAUGGAUUAUAUAAUAUGUAUUGCUAAACAAAACAUACAGGGAAAAAAAUCUUCAUAAGGCAAAAAUGCUUUAAUAGUCAUAUGAGUAACUAAGAAAAAUUAUUUGCAACUUAAAAUAGACAAAGAGUUAAUUUACUAAAUUAAAAAAGAAGAUAAUGUCAACCAAUUAGGAAAUAAAAACCCGUGAGAAAAAUAGACAUCCUAUAAGAAGAUACCAUCACAGAAAAGAAAUAAAAGGAGCUUCUUCUCACUCAUAAUAAGAAACAUGUAAAUUAGAACUACAAUAUCUGAUAGGCAGAGAUUAAAAAGUUAUUGUCAACUGCGUUCUUCGGUGUAUGUGGAGGUAUUCUCACACACUGCGGUGACAGUGUAAAUUGGUAGAAAGUCCGUGAAGAACAAUUUAGAAAUAUAUAAUAAACCUGUAUUCCAUGGGAGAUGGAAGGUAGAGCUGCAGAGGGGAAAGCACAAUAUUCCCUCUCCAAGCUACAACAGAUUCCCAGAAUCCAUUCUGUCUCUCCAAGAGACUAGGUUUCUGGUGUUGGUGAGGGAGCAGGAUUUGUCCAUUUUCCCACUAAUCUCCAUCUUGAAUUUGUGUGGGGUACACAGCGUGGGCAAGUGCUGAAACAGUGAAUAUUGAUGCAGAUUUAACUGAGUUAUUCUGGGAGAUCUAAGUCAAAUGUGGUUUCACAUGGCUCUUUGUAUCCUCCCAUCUCUGCCAUCUCAGGAUUCUUUCCUGUUCCAAAAGAAGACCUCAAAAGAGAAGGUUCAUCUCUUGCAAAUCUCAAAGCCAUGCCUCAGGAUGAACUAGAGUAUGCCCUUACAGGGAUCAGUGUCAUUCAAGGAUGUGACUGUGGACUUCACCCAAGAGGAGUGGCAGCAACUGGACCCUGCUCAGAAGACCCUCUACAGGGACGUCAUGUUGGAAAACUAUUGCCACCUCAUCUCUGUAGGGUUUCACAUGACUAAGCCCGAUAUGAUCCGCAAGUUGGAACAAGGGGAAGAACUAUGGACAACAGAGAGGAUUUUCCCAGGUCAGAGCUGCCUAGAAGAAGAUGGGAAAGCUGAAGAUGUUUUAGUGAAGUUCAAAGAAUACCAAGAUAGGCAUUGUAGAUCAGUUGUUUUCAUCAACCACAAAAGACUAAUAAAGGAAAGAAGUAAUAUUUUGGGGAAAACUCUUACUGUAGGCAAGAACCGUAUCAUUUCAAAAACAACACUAUGUGAAUAUAAACCUGAUGGAAAGGUUUUGAAAAACAUUUCAGAAUUAGUCUACAGAAAUAUAAGCCCUGUAAGAGAGAAAUUUGGUGAGAGUAAUGGAUGGGAGAAGUCACUCCUCAAUGCUAAGCGUGAGAAGAUUCAUACUGCAGUGAAUCUCUAUAAACAAACAGAAAGAAGUCUGAGUGGUAAACAAGAGCUUAUUCAGCAUCAGAAGGUUCAAACUCCAGAGCAAUCAUUUGAACAUAAUGAAUGUGAAAAGUCCUUCCUUAUGAAAGGAAUGUUAUUUACACAUACUAGAGCUCACAGAGGAGAAAGACCCUUUGAAUACAAUAAAGAUGGAAUAGCCUUCAUUGAAAAGUCAAAUCUCAGUGUCCAUCCACAAAAUCUUAUGGAGAAGAAGUCCCAUGCAUAUAGCAAAUAUGGGAAAUUCCUCUGCAGGAAGUCCAUUUUUAUUAUGCAUCAGAAAUCUCAAACAGAAGAAAAACCCUUUCAGUGUCCUUACUGUGGGAAUAACUUUAGAAGGAAGUCAUAUCUCAUUGAACAUCAGCGAAUUCACACAGGUGAGAAACCUUAUGUUUGCAGUCAAUGUGGAAAAGCUUUCCGUCAAAAGACAGCCCUCACUCUUCAUGAAAAAACACAUAUAGAGGGGAAACCCUACAUUUGUAUGGAUUGUGGGAAGUCCUUCCGCCAGAAAGCAACCCUCACUAGACAUCACAAAACACAUACAGGGGAGAAAGCCUAUGAAUGUACUCAAUGUGGAAGUGCUUUUAGAAAGAAGUCAUACCUCAUUGAUCAUCAGAGAACUCACACAGGAGAGAAACCAUAUCAAUGUAAUGAAUGUGGAAAGGCAUUUAUCCAGAAGACAACCCUCACUGUACAUCAGAGAACUCACACAGGAGAAAAACCCUAUAUUUGUAAUGAAUGUGGGAAGUCCUUCUGUCAAAAGACAACCCUCACUCUCCAUCAAAGAAUUCAUACAGGGGAAAAACCCUAUAUUUGUAAUGAAUGUGGGAAGUCCUUCCGCCAGAAGGCAAUCCUCACUGUUCAUCAGAGAAUACAUACAGGAGAGAAAUCCAAUGGAUGUUCUCAGUGUGGGAAAGCCUUUAGUCGGAAAUCAAACCUCAUUCGCCAUCAGAAAACUCACACAGGAGAGAAACCAUAUGAAUGUAAAGAAUGUGGGAAGUUCUUCAGUUGUAAGUCAAACCUCAUUGUCCAUCAGAAAAUUCACAAGGUAGAAACCAUGGGAAUUCAGUAAAGGAUGUGACUUUUUUUUUGUAAAAAACUUUUAAAGUCAUAGUAAACCCUGUACAUGAUGUUGCUUGAAAGUGUAAUAAUGUUCAACUGUUUAAGGUGCUCUACCACAUAUUUACCUGCUGUUUGCUAGCCUAUAGAACACACACACAAAAGAAUUACUAGAGAAAUUAAAUGACAAAAGUCAUUGAAAAUACAAGCCCUAAUUUUUUAUUAUUAAAUUCAGCAGACGUAAACUUCCUUUAUCAAGUUACUGAAAACAUUUUAAAUUGCCUUUCUAAAAUUUUAAAUUUCAGUACCUACCUUGUCGUGAACCAGUAAUAAACAAUUGGCCGACUGGCAGUAGUCCAUGGACCACACUGGUGAGAAGUGCUUUAAAACAAAGGAGGUGUGAACUGUAUUUCUUAUUCCAAAUAUGGAAUAAAAAUUAUUUGUUACCUCCUCAAAGUUAAUCAUAGUUCUGACUUCUAACAUUAUAAGUUAGUUUUUGCAUAUUAUGUAAACUCUUAUAUAAAUUGGAUUAUACAUCAUGUAUUCUUUCAUAUAUGGCUUGUUUCAUUCAUCAUUAUGUCUCUGAAACUCAUUGUUACUGCAUGUGGCAGAAGUUCAUUUAUUUUCAUUCUGUAUAGAAUUCCAUUAUAUGGUUAUAUCACAAUUUAAUCCAAUUUAUUGUUGGUGGACUUUUCAUUAUUUGCAGCUUAGGGUCAUAAUAAAUAAUGCUUCUGUGAACAUA